AUGGCCGGAAGAGAGGUGUUACGUCAGGGUCUCAGGUAUCAGGUGGGUGAUGGCUCACUUAUCUCCCUCUGGCAUGACCCCUGGUUGCCUCUUCCUUCAUCCUUCCUACCGUUUUCGCCCAUUAUGGAGGGGACUGAUGACUGGAUGGUAGCAGAUCUCAUCGAUGAAGAGAAUAGAGAGUGGUUAGUCGGGUUGUUGAACGAACUAUUUACUGAGGGGGAGGUGAGUAAGAUUGCGGCCAUUCCGUUGAGUCUUCGACAAGCAAGUGAUCGUUUGAUUUGGCAUUUCGAUUCUAAAGGGGUGUAUAAUGUUAAGAGUGGGUAUCACACUUUUUUCCACUCUCAAAAAAUGGUGCAGAAGGCCUCGACGUCUUCGGCAAUCGCUGGGGGUCAUCUAAGACGGUAUUGGACCAAAAUCUGGUACGCCACUGUGCCUCCCAAGGUUAAGAUUUUUAUUUGGAGGCUUUUGCAUGGUGCUAUUCCCACCAGGUCAGCACUAUCUCAACGUAAAGUACAAUUGCAUGAUCUUAAUUGUGUCCUCUGCCAAAGCUCUAUUGAAACAGUAAAGCAUGUGUUCAAGGAUUGUGAUGCACUCCAAUGUUUUUGGAGAUUUAGCCCAUUAAAGCUUUGUGCUAGGACCCAUGCUGCACCUAGUAUUAAAGAAUGGAUUCUUGAUUUGCUGGAUGUGUUGACUAGUGAACAGGUAGAUUUGUUUUUUAUGGCUCUUUGGGCUAUCUGGACUGAGAGGAAUAAUCUAGUAUGGAAGGGUGGAAAUUUUCAGCCUAUGCAUAUGAUUCAAUGGUGCAUUAAGAGCUUGGAGGAUUUUCAACAAUAUCAUCCGAAAGCUACUAGGAAAAAGAAAAGGCCGAUGACCAAAUGGCAAUGUCCACCUCGUGGAAGACUGAAGAUAAAUAUUGAUGGGGCUUUUAGAGCUGAUUGUGGGACUGGAGGAAUUGGGGUGGUGGUCAGGGAUGAUUUGGGCACGGGUAUUGCCGCUAUUGCAAGGCCUUUUCUGCAUGCACACUCAGCCAUUAAUAUGGAAGCUGAGGCGUGCAGAGCUGGUCUUCUUCUUGGUAUUCACCAAGGUUGGACGGAAAUUGACAUUGAGAGCGAUUCUGCCCUUCUGAUUGCUGCACUCAAUUCUGAGGAGGAUAAUUUCUCGGAGGGUUUAGGGCCAAAUUGUAGGGCAAAAGGGCGGGCAAUGCCAAAUGCUAGCAAUUCGAAUAUUGAUCUGCAGAGAAUUCAUCUUAAGGUUUAG